AAGACUCCAUUCAGCAGCGAUCACCUCAUCAGGGCCUCCCCUCAGCAUUGGCGUCACCAUGGUAACCAUGUUCCUGUUGGUCCUGCUCUCAGCUUUUUCUCCUCCAGUCCACAGCCGUCUCACUACGUUCCAGAUCAUUCCGAGUAAAAUGACUCAGACUGCGGCUCGGGCAGCUUGCAGAGAAAAAUACACCGACCUCGUCACUGUGUACUCUGAUGAAGACAACACUGACCUGUAUAAUAUGAAGCCUUAUGGGUAUUGGAGAUGGAUCGGUCUCUAUCGCAGUGUGUUCAGUGAGAAAUGGUCUAAUGGUGAUCCUGUAACAUUCAGAAAUCUGGCAGGGGUUUGUGGGACAUCGAGCUACUGUGCUGCUAUGAAGGCUGAUGGUUCAUGGGAAAGUCUUCAGUGCACAGGGACGCGAUAUUUCAUGUGCUAUGAAGAAGACGCUUCUUCACAGACUCCUAAUUAUCAUCUAAUCCUUGAGAAUAAGACCUGGUCUGGUGCUCAGAGUUACUGCAGGGGGAAAUACACUGACCUGGUCAGUAUCAGAGAUCAGCAGCAGAAUGAAGAGGUGAAGAUUAAAGGGUUAAACAGCACCACGUCCUUCUGGAUCGGCCUGCUGUGUGAUGACUGGCAGUGGACCGAUGGAGGAAACUCCACCUACAGAAACUGGGGGAGUGGUCAACCUCAUUCAUCAUCCAGUGACUGUGUGGUACUGAAAAGAGGGAAAUGGGAAUCACAUCCAUGUAAUCAUCUUCACUACCCUCUGUGCUACUACAUUUCCAUCCAUGUGAGUGAUGAGGCUCUGAGCUGGGAGGAAGCGCUGGAUCACUGUCGUGACGGGAACAGGACUGCAUUUCUGAGCAUCGAUUCUGAAUCUGAACAGAAAGAGGUGGAGUCUGAGCUCAGGAGGAGGGAUGUCUCUGAGCCUGUGUGGGUGGGGCUUAGACAGAGCCGACUCUUUGGGUUCUGGAUCUGGGCCGAUGGGAAGGCCGUGUUUCCGUACUCCUACUGGGAUGAAGGGAAACAGCCCGAGCAUCAUCUCUCUCAGCACUGCGGCGCCGUCGAUCCACGGAAGGACUUCAGCUGGAGAGAUAUGAACUGUCAGUCUCGGUAUAAAGCUCUGUGUCUCAUCAAAUGCUCUCCAUAG